AUGAGCAGAGGACUCGAAGUUAUGUCACCAGCAACAUACAUAGAGACAUCAAACUGGCUGUUCCAAGAGAACAGAGGAGCCAAGUGGACAGCUGAAGAAAACAAAAAGUUCGAAAACGCUUUAGCCUUUUACGACAAAGACACACCCGACAGAUGGUUCAAAGUCGCAGCUAUGCUCCCUGGCAAAACAGUCGGAGAUGUGAUCAAACAAUACAGAGAGCUAGAGGAAGACGUCAGCGACAUAGAAGCUGGUCUUAUCCCCAUCCCUGGUUACGCCUCAGAUUCAUUCACACUAGAUUGGGGAGGCUACGACGUUGGAAACAAUGGGUUUAACAUGAACGGAUAUUACUUCGCCGCCGCCGGAGAAAAGAGAGGAUCCGCCGCGAGAGCAGCUGAGCAUGAGAGGAAGAAAGGUGUUCCAUGGACAGAAGAAGAACACAGACAAUUUCUGAUGGGUCUGAAGAAAUAUGGAAAAGGCGAUUGGAGAAACAUAGCUCGAAACUUUGUGACCACACGGACGCCAACGCAAGUCGCUAGUCACGCUCAGAAGUAUUUCAUAAGGCAAGUCAACGGUGGUAAAGAUAAACGCCGAUCAAGCAUCCAUGACAUCACCACCGUCAACAUCCCAGACACCGCUGAUGCCGCAACCGCUGACACCACAACCGCACCAUGCUCACCACCGUCACUAGGAGGAAGCCAGCGGGAGGCAUCGGAUCAGUGGGAAGGUCAAACGAUAUACGACGAAACUUCGGCUGCGUUUUACAAUCAAAGUGCGUUUCAAGAAACGCUUCUUGGAAUGUCAUCAACGCCUUACAUGGCAAAACUGCAAGAGCAAAGUUUUCUAAACGCAUCACAAUUUGAAUCGUACAAUGCGUAUCUCCAAAUGUAG